AUGCGUCACUGGUCGGAAAGAAUGGCUCCCAAUUUCGUAAUGGGCCGUCCUAAUAUGCCCAUGAAUGCCCUCAACCAUCCCAAGAACGCCGCUCAACCUGGUCAGCCCAUGGCUUCCCCUCAAGCCGCCGAUGCCACCAUUCUCUACUCUUUCAACAUCCCAUUCGCUUCCGAUCUUGCGGGCCCCGACACUGAGGACAUUCUUCACGCGACCACUGACGCUGUCCUGCGAUGGACACACCCUGAGGACGCGCCGGACGACGUCCAGAUUCACGAGCUGCCUAUCCAUGUUCAGAACCUAAACAACCUCCACAGGAUGUGCCAGGAGAUUACCAACGGGCCGCUCCCUGUUGAGGCGUAUGUCCUGUCAACAAUGCUCAAGGGCGGAAAGGGCCAACAGGUUGCUACUGUUUGUCUCUCGGGCUCUCCAGAGCUGGUCCACAAGAGCCGAGAGACUAUUUUGAAUGAUACCCCAAUUUCUCUUCGCUGCACCACCAUUGAUAUUGAUGGCCAACUCGUCUGCGAUCUCAAUGCCGGAGUGCUCAAGAAGCCUGUUACUGAUACCCUCGAUUACAUCUCCACCUUCUGUGGCGUAGAUAUCUUUCUUCUUGGCCCUAAAUUGACCCCUGUUGUCGACGGUAUGACUGGCGAUGCUGAAUUACGCAUGGAUCAGCGCUGGAGAGUUGCUAUCUACGGUGAUAUACUAUCAUCCGAGCAUGCAAAGGCUCGUGUUUUGAUCCACAUUGAUACUCUGCUCGGCCGAAUUGUCGAUGGUACCAAACUCGAGAUUUCCCUCCACCAGCUUGUCUGUGGCCGACAUCGCAAGAACAUCAAGCUCAUCGAGUCUUCCACUGGAACUGCCAUCUACUUUCCACCCCCGUUCUCGGCAAUGUACCGCUACUGUCCUCCCAAAGCGACUCGCCGUGACCCCAACGAUAUUUUUAUCACUGGUGAAACGCCCCAGGCUAUUGAAUUAGCAAAGCAGAAACUUCACGAAACUGUCCAGCGCAUCAGAUUGUACGUUAAGGACGUCACAAUUCCUGCUGCCAAGAUCGACAGUAUUCUGCUUGGUCGUCUAGAUAAGGUCCGGAAGAUUCUUGAGGCCAAUGGCACCUUCAUCAUGUUCCCUCCCUUGGCCACUCAGCGUAACAUGGUCCGAGUUCAGGGAAACGAAGGUCUUCACGUUGAGCGAACUGUGCGAGAGAUCAUGUCCUUGGCUGGUCAAUUCUACAGUGCGGGAUGGUUCAUUCAGCCCGCUGAUGCCAGGCAUUUCCCUCACCCCAACGACAUCAAGAGUUUGCUUGUUGAUAUCUGCGCCAACUCCGAUGCCGACCUUUCCUUCGAUAAACUGAGCUUCACCAUCACUGGCUCUGAUGACGCUGUCAAGACAGCUCUUCAAGUCAUAUCAGAGAUGAAGUUCAUUUCUCAAUCUCAGUACCAGAUUCGCGUCAAGAUUGAGCUUGCCAACGAGCACAAGGAAUUCGUCAGUGGCAAAAAGAACGGCAAAAUCAACAAGAUAAUGGGACAGAGCAAUGUGCAGAUCAUUUUCGAUGGUUUCAACGAGUACAAUUUCAACAUCGAUGUCAUGGCAGCAACUUAUGAGUCCAUGAAGCAGGGCCUUACUCUUGUGGAGCAGGAAAUGCCUGCAUCUAUUUCGUUCCAUGUGCCGGAUCAGUACCACAAACGCAUCAUCGGUAUUGGUGGUCAGCACAUCCAGCGCAUCAUGAAGAAGCACUCGGUCUUCGUCAAGUUCUCCAAUGCUAUGGAUAGAGGUCAGAAUCGCCGUUACUACGCUGUCGGGUACAAGCUUACUAACUUUGGUACAGGCGGAAUGGGUCGAGAAGACGACGAUAUCAAAGUCGAUAAUGUUAUCUGCCGCACACCAGCCCGAAACGCCCAGAAUUUGGACGCCGUCAAAAACGAGAUCUUGGAGAUGGUCGAUCGUGCCGAUUCUGAGUAUACAUCUCAGAUUGUCAGCGUUGACCGCCUCUAUCAUCGUCAGCUUAUUGCUAGACUUCCUGAGAUCGAUGACCUGGAGCAGAAGUACAACUGCAAGAUCAACUUCCCCAGCACUGAGCAAGCCAGUGAUGAGGUUACUGUUAAUGGUCCGCAGUGGCAGGUUCCUCACUGUGUCGAUGAGUUUCUCGGCAUGGUCCCAGAUAAGCAUGAGCUUGUUCUCGCCAGAACUCCUGAGCUGGUCAAGUUCCUCGAAUCUCCUGAAUUUGCUCACGACCUCGUGCCCAAGCUGAAGAGCCAGCAUGAGGUUGAACUCAGCGUCAGGCAGAACCCCGACGAGCUCACUGAGGGUGGCGAGCCUACCGUCACUCUUCUUUGGGGUUUCACCCGCAACAACGCUGGCGGUCUCCGUGAUGCUAUGGACUUCAUUCAGUCUCAAUUCGCAACUUCCGGAGCUGAGAUCAAUGUUGUUAAGGGCGCUCUCCCUCGCCCUAAGUCCGACUCGUUUGAAGAUUCUCUGCAGUACUUCGACUCUAAGCUUCUGCAGCACGCUCCUGCACCUGUCGCCACUGAUUCUCCUAUCAAGACUGGCUUUGGCGAUGAAGUCGCUCGCGAGCGAAGCAGUAUUCUCGACCGUCUCCGAAAGCCUGGCAGUAUGACGUCAAUUUCAUCUUUCUUGGACCGCAGAAAGAACAGCUCCCAUUCCGGUAACGGAAACUUUUUCAAGGGCUCAAGCAACGUCUCUAAGUCUUCGCUCAUUUCGAUCGAAUCGACCCGCAGCUUCAACGCCGACCGAAACCCCUGGAACGAUAGCGGCGUCAAUCUCCCCGACGACGACAAUCCUUGGGCUCCUCGAACCUUUGGCACUCACAUGGACAACAAAUUGUCCAUUCCUCAACCUGGCGAUGUCACACCUCGCCACAGCACCCGCGCGUCUGGCGACAGCGGGCGCCCUUCCACUUCUCAUUCUAUGACUUCAGGAUACCCCGCCCCUAUUGGGCCCUUCCGUUAG